GCCACGGCGGCGCUGCUCCCGCCUUUCCUGCUGGCCGUGCUGGCGCCCUGGGCCAGCCGAGGGAGCGCCGCCGCGCCCAGCGCACCCAACGGCACCCUGGAGGCCGAGCUGGAGCGCCGCUGGGAGAGCCUGGUGGCGCGUUCGCUGGCGCGCCUGCCCGUGGCCUCGCAGCCCAAGGAGGCCGCCGUCCAGAGCGGCGCCGGCGACUACCUGCUGGGCAUCAAGCGGCUUCGGCGGCUCUACUGCAACGUGGGCAUCGGCUUCCACCUCCAGGUGCUCCGCGACGGCCGCAUCGGCGGCGUGCACGCGGACACGAGCGACAGCCUGCUGGAGCUCUCGCCGGUGGAGCGGGGCGUGGUGAGCAUCUUCGGCGUGGCCAGCCGGUUCUUCGUGGCCAUGAGUAACAAGGGCAAGCUGUACGGCUCGCCUUUCUUCACGGAGGAGUGCAAGUUCAAGGAGAUACUCCUCCCCAACAACUACAACGCCUACGAGUGCUUCAGGUACCCCGGCAUGUUCAUCGCGCUGAGCAAGAACGGGAAAACCAAGAAGGGGAACCGAGUGUCCCCCACCAUGAAGGUCACCCACUUCCUCCCCAGGCUGUGACCAUCGGAGCCCUGCCUCAGCCUCGGAGAGCCCCCGGGGAGGGGAGCGCCCAGGGCCACCUCGGUGCACUUUCUUCCGAUGGACACGUUGAAUGCGAGAGUAGGUGUACGAUAUUUAAAUUAAUUAUUUAAAUAUGUAUAUAUGGCCACCAAAUUAUUUAUGGUUCUGUGGGUGUGUUUUGUAUUUUUCUGGAAAAAAAAAGAAAAGGACAGAGGACAACAACAAAAAAAUACCCUGACUUUUCUGGUAAAACAGUGGAGACCCCUCCAUUGGAUUUAUUUAACUU